CAUCCACAAACACAGACUGAAAGCAGCGCAGCCAAGACAAAUGCUAAAAUAAGUGCAAUAGAUUGGUAGAAAUAAAUUCAUACAUUUUUAGAGACCAAAUUUCAAAUGUAGGACAUAACAUAGUUCAGUGCUUGGAAUAGCAGUGUUGAUUUUUUUUGGGGGGGGGGGCGCUGGCUGCGUUUUCCAUUCGGUUGAACAAAAGGAGGAAGUGUUGCAAUGUGCUGUCAUAUGAGAGCAGGAUGAAGGAGGCGGAGCCGGCAACAGGUCGCUCUCACAAAGUUGGCCGGUGCACACAAUGGAGUUUAGUAUUGCAGAAGUUUAGGAUUGCGAGCACGUUGAACACAUCAGUGGAAGGAGAGCCGGGAGACGUUUGGAAUGCGGCCGCCUCAUCAGGUUUACUGGGUCACCGGAAGUUCAUAUCUCCCGACGGCCAAUCAGAGCAGAUGACGGAUCAGGACUGCAGCUCGUCCACCUCCCACACGGAGGACGACGAGGAGCUGGAGGAGGUGGAGGAGGACGACAAGAGCAAGGCCAGGACGGCCCCGCCGGUGGCCGUCAGCCUCUCGGGCGCGUCGUCCACGCUACGCGCCGUCAUCCGCAUCAAGCACAAGUACCAGGCCCUGAAGAAACGGCGCCAGGAGAUGGCGCUGGCCGCGGCGGCCCUCCCGGGGGCCCCGGCCCGCACCAGCCCCAAAAUCUUCACUUUCGACGGCGACCCUGCACUGGCGUUCUGCUCGCCGCCCAGGAAGAAGAGGAAGAGAAAGAGGAGGGUGCUGUACCCCAACAGGAGACGCCGGAAAGCCCCCGGACAGGGGCACAGUCCGACAGAGUUUUGUCUCUACCUCCUCAGCGCCAUACUCUUCGUACAGGUGUACAACGCCAUCGAGAACCUGGAUGACCACGUGAUUCGCUAUGACCUGGAGGGUCUGGAGAAGACUCUGCGCAGGGAAGUGUUUGGCCAGCUGGGGGCGGUGGAGACACUCAUGUGGCACCUGAAGGACUUCCUAUCCACGUACGUGCACAAUAGGCCCCUGGUGGUGUCUCUGCACGGCCCCAGCGGGGUGGGCAAAAGCCACCUGGGGCGCCUCCUGGCGGGACACUUCCGCUCGGUGGUGGGCGAGCCCCUGGUGCUUCAGUACUUCAUGCUGCACCACUGCCGCCCGGAGGCCGACGCCCCGCACUGCGCCGAGCAACUGGUCUCGCUGGUCUCCGAGGCGGUGGAGCUUGGCGAGCACGAGGAGAAAAUCCCGCUCUUCGUGUUGGACGAGGCCGAGCACAUGCACGGCGAGAUCCUCGACGCCCUGCUGGGCCUGCUGGGGUCGGGCCAGCCCAACCAGUUCCUCAAUGCCAUCUACGUGAUCCUCAGCAACCUGGGACACGAGCACAUCACCAAGCACCUGCUGCACAACGUCUCCAAUCACGACGGCCAACACAGGCAGCUGGCGCAGGACUUGACGCCUGUGCUGCGGCGCUACCUGGAGGGUCGCCACCCACUCUGGGCCGAGGUGACCAUCGUGCCCCUGGGCCUACUCGAGAGAAGUCACGUGAUGGAAUGUUUUAUGGACGAAAUGAGCCGAGAGGGAUUCUACCCCAACCGCGCCCACAUGGAGCGGCUGGCAGCGGAGAUCCAGUACUAUCCCGCUGUAGGGGGGAGGGAGUAUUCUGUCACCGGAUGCAAGCAGGUGGUGGCGAAGGUCAAUUUGCUGUAAGGGAGCAGGACGAAAUGGGGUACGAGAAGACAUGACUGGGAAGGACAUAGCGGCACACAAGAUGACGUCACAAGACAGGACAGAAUGGGAUAAGACUGGAAGGGGACUGGUCAGGAUCAGAUGGGGUUAAGGUACAGAAAUUAGAAGGAUAGAAUAGAACAGGAUGGGACAGCGGGACUGGCAGGAUGGGGCAUGACUGGAAGGUGCCUAUAGAGGACCAAUUGGGGCAGGAAGGGAUGUGUCAGUGCAGGACAGGACGGGUUAAGAUGGAACAGGACAGAGCACAACGGGGUGGAACAGGGCUGAAUUGGGCAUGACAGGAUGGGAGAGGACAAAGCAGACAGGACAUUACAAUUAAGGAAGAAUGGUACAGAGCUCAGUGGGGACAGUAUUGGAGAGGAAAAGGAAUUCCAAGACUCAGAAAGUACAGAUAAUGACAGAGCAGGACAGUAUGAAGCGAGACAAGGGAGGACGAGGCUGUGCGUAAAUGGGACAGGAUGGGAGACGGUAGAGCAAGAUAGGACGGAACAGAGCCGCUUGUUCUUUGUCGGUUCAUUGCAAACAACUGAAGUCAGCUUCAAGCGUCAUGUAUCAGAAUUUUCUGAAAUAUCAAAAUGUUUGAGGAGGACACAAGCUUCCUAUUGUCAUUAAUCGUUGUGACUCAAAAUCAAAGUGAAGGACAACCAGGAAGUUAAUUAAAUGACGCUUUCCCGUGAGGAGGCUACAACGGUA